UCGGCUGACUAUAGCUACAAAGACCCGCUCGGUCCAGCGCCGGCUAGACCCAAAACUGGUACACGGCGACGAGAGGCGAUUGUCGAUGAAUCGUUCGAAAACGAACAACUUGAUGAUUCGCUACUCCCCGAGUGAGCAGGAAUGUGCAGUGAUUUAA